UAGAGCUGGUGCUGGUGGCAGCCACUGCUCCUGCGGCCAGCCGGCCGCCGCCAGGUCUUUGGCCUUCCAGGGCUAGUGAAGCGGGGGCGGGGCGCGCGGAGGGGCGGGAGCGCGUGGGUCCCCGCCCCCUCUUCCUCCUCUUUCCCCCUCCCCCUCUUCCCCCUUUCUGGCCCCGCCCCUCGCUCCCACCCUCCCGGCCGGCCCUCUCUCGCGCGCCUCCCAGCGGAGGUGCCUUUGCUUCCCCUCCAGGGCCAGACGUGCAGCUGCUGCGGCGGCUUGGGUCUCCUAGGCAGCAGCGGUAGCAGCAUCCCCCGCGGCGGCAGCAGCAGCCGCAGCAGCAGCAGCAGCAGCCCCAGCAGCAGCCCGAGCCAUGGCGGAAGUUCAUAGACGUCAGCAUGCUCGGGUUAAAGGAGAAGCCCCCGCUCGCUCCUCCGGUGCCAGAGAUGAGGAGGAGCUGGGGAUGGCGGCGUCGGCCGAGACGCUGACCGUGUUUCUGAAGCUGCUGGCCGCCGGCUUCUACGGCGUGAGCUCCUUUCUCAUCGUUGUGGUGAACAAAAGCGUGCUCACCAGCUACAGAUUUCCUUCCUCACUAUGUGUUGGACUUGGCCAGAUGCUGGCUACAGUGAUCGUCCUCUGGGUGGGAAAGGCACUCAGGGUGGUAAAGUUUCCUGACUUUGACAGAAGUAUACCUCGAAAGACAUUUCCACUACCUCUACUGUAUUUUGGGAACCAAAUCACAGGACUGUUCAGCACAAAGAAACUGAACUUGCCAAUGUUUACAGUCUUGCGAAGGUUCUCCAUCUUGUUUACAAUGAUUGCCGAAGGAGUAUUACUUAAGAAGACCUUCUCUUGGGGCAUUAAGAUGACCGUUUUUGCCAUGAUCAUUGGAGCAUUCGUAGCCGCCAGCUCUGACCUGGCGUUUGACCUGGAAGGCUACGUUUUCAUCCUGGUCAAUGAUGUCCUGACGGCGGCCAACGGCGCCUACGUGAAGCAGAAACUGGAUUCCAAGGAGCUGGGAAAGUACGGGCUGCUCUACUACAACGCACUGUUCAUGAUCGGGCCCACCGUGGCCAUCGCCUACUUCACUGGAGACGCUCAGAAGGCCAUAGACUACGACGGCUGGACCGACAGCUUGUUCCUUCUGCAGUUCACACUGUCCUGCGUCAUGGGGUUUAUCUUGAUGUAUGCCACAGUCCUCUGUACUCAGUAUAACUCCGCGCUGACCACCACCAUCGUGGGCUGUAUUAAGAAUAUUCUCAUAACCUAUAUUGGAAUGGUCUUUGGUGGAGACUAUAUUUUCACAUGGACAAAUUUCAUUGGGUUAAAUAUCAGUAUUGCUGGGAGCCUGGUGUAUUCCUACAUCACCUUCACGGAGGAGCAGUUGAGUAAACAGUCGGAGCCGAGCAGCAAGCUGGACGUUAAAGGGAAAGGAGCCGUGUGAGCCUCGGGUCCUCCCCGGCGCGGUCCACCCUGCACACGGGCAGUGCCAACGCGGACCUGCUUGAACGGCUCGCGGCAUCCUGGUUCUCCCAAGAUCUCGGUCCUGGGGCCCCUGUACAAUCCGAAGAGUGCUGCCUUUUUCGAUUUUUACGACAAGAGAAUCUUCUCGUUGAUUCUAUCUUAAAUAUGCAGUUUGCAUUAAUUUAUACCAGACUGGAAGAUGACGUAUCUGGCUUUUAAUUUAUUGUUUUCCCCUGCACCCAUCGCGGGGCUCCCACAAUGUUCUGUGGGCAUUUCUGGCCCCCGCAAGUGGCAUCCCACCUUCUCUGCCUGUUUCCACAGAUGGGAUGGCUGUGGCCAUCCCUCUUCCUAUGAUGAGAGCCUCUAGGAGUCCCCUUUACUUCCCUGGAACGCCAAGUGCUCUCCGAUAGCUCCCCCUCUCAGAAUUCUCCUCCUUCAAGUCAGAGCCCCCCUCCGUUCUCUAGGGCUCGGUCACUGCACCCUCAAUUCCUUCAAAGGAUGUCUUCAAUGUCUUCAAAGGAUGGCCCCUCCUCACAGAGAGAGAGAACCCCCGUGGGGCGUCCCGGAUGGGCUGUCCCAAAGGCUCUUCCACAUCCAGGUGGUGGGAGAAUUGGGCUUUUGGCCUUUGAUCUUCCCUUGGGAUGCCCUCCAGAAAUGAGGCUGGACGGGAGCUGGUCAGCAGGCUGACUCCAGAGGAAGUUGGCCGGCUCCUGGUCUGGCAAACCCAGGUUCUUGUAGCGUGGAAGAAGAGAGCCCCCGGCCCCGCACCCCCCCAGCGGGAUGUAGGCAGGGCAAGCCCAUUCCCUAGAGCAUUAAGUGGGAGAAGAAAAGACAAAGUGUCACCUGCUUGUCCUAAACUCACCUGGCUGCCCUCCCUUGGCCUCUUGGCUCGGCCCCCUUUCUGCCCUCCCUGGAAUCCCACUAUGACACAUGCCAGGGCGUCAGGCUUCCCCUUCGGGGUCUAACAGCUGCGAGAGUCCUCGCUCUGAGGCCCACCUUCUCUGCCUGAUACUGCCUGAGUCCUACUUGGAGACUCUGGAGAGGGGCUUCAAAGGGGGCUCCUGCACCCCCACUUCAGCCUCUGUGCUGCUGGCUUGCUUAUCGACAAAGGAACCCAGGCUGGCCUUGGGUCUACUCCAUAGAUACAUUGGCCUCUUGAGCAUUAAGAAGAGUCUCUGGUCCUUUCCUUCGGCUUUAACACUAGGGAUAUGCUGGUAGCUGGUGGUUUUACAAGCUUCUGCAUUUUAGGAAGAGAAAUGAGUCUGAUUAGAGCCUGUAUUUUCCCCGUCAUGCCUCUGUGAUCUGGAGCGAAUCCCUUCUCGGGGCUCUCGGUUUCCCCAUCCACAAAAUGGCACAGUUGCACUAGCUGACCUCUAAGGGGGCCCCCCCUCCUUUAAACCUUGUUUCUGUGUUCUUGAUGCCUUUCCAGAGAAGGGAAGCCAAGAUGGUGAUGGGAUUGGAGAGCGAGCUGUAGGGAGAGAAUCUGCAGUGCUGGGGGGUGGAAGGUUGCAGGAGGGCGCCCUCCCCAGUAAUAGGUGGCUCAGGCCGCUUGAGGAGGCUACUGACUCCCUAGCCCGGAAGGACUCUAGAGGAAGGCCAGAUUUCCCAAUUUCAGAGAUGCACAAGGAUUCCUGGUCAGGCUGGGUCACCCUUCCAGGUCUGAGACGCUGUGAUUAGCCUGAUUGUUUGAGAUCACUUAUGGAAAAGGAGCUUAGCCUGCCUUUGUUCUAAGGAUGGAAGUCUGCUGGGACAGGAGGAGAGGUGGAGGGGGAGAGGAAGAAGAAAGGAGAGCAGGAUUGGCAGUUGGGGGCCGGAGGGGGGGAGGUAAUGGCCACACCUGAAGUCCAGGCCCUCCGUGGAACAGAGUAGUAACAACAACAGUGAUUAUGGUCACGGGCUCUUCUAUAGCAUCUGAGCGUCUGCCGGCCACUUGAGCACGCAGUGAUCUUGUCUGAGCCUCACGGCAGCCUGUGAUGUAGGCGCUCUUCUUGCCUCAUCUCAUAGAUUUGGAGACGUUCUCUUGGGCUUCCCGCCGGGGGUGCCCAGCCAGGAAGGGCUACCGGCCUUCCAGCCUAGAUCCAGGCUCCUACCGGCUUCAUGCUGCACUCUGGUGCCCUGGAUGCUCCCCCGGCGAUCCCAGUGAACAAGUCUCUGUUGCCGUUGGGGGCUUAGUGGGUGUGGAUGCUUUAUUCAGAGCCUUUCUCCUUCCUGUUCCUUUCUCUGACCUACAUGGACAGCGAUCGGUAUAUGGAUUAAGUGACUAUGUAAAUUUGGGCCAGUUUACUGGGGUAAUAAUUUAGGGAAAUGGGAAGCAAAAGUGCCUUCUAGACUGCCUAGAUCCCAGCCGACAAUAGGCCUAGUGUGUUGGGACCUGUUCACUUCCCCUUUUUAGCAGGUAGAAGCAGGACUAGAUGUUACACUGUGGGAAACCGAGGCACAAAGCUGACCAGGAACAACCUGUACUAAGCUAAGGUGGGCAGAGGUCUGAAUUCCCAAGUCAAUCACUGCCAGCACCUAUUACCAGCAGACAGGGUCCAUCUGAUUUUGAUUAAAUUUGAAUCAACCUGUUGGAGCAGGGCAAUACUCUGCAAAUACGGACUGGAGGCCCUUUUCACUUGCCUGUCCGCACUUUAUUCAGGGAAAGCUUCUUGCAGAGUCAUAGUGAAGAGCCUGAAAACUGGGGUCCGUCAUCUAGUCUCCUCACUUCUUGCCUCUUAAGCAGCGGCCCUUUCCCACUUUGGGGCUGUCUCCUGCGUCCACUAGAACCAAAAAAGAAUUCACCGUUGGGCUCCUACCAUCGUUCUGGUUUCCCCCAACCCUUGCUUCUCUUGUCUCCUGGUUCCCAGAGAAAUCCUUGUGCAGCCACAUCGCCAUCUCCUCCAUGUCUGUCUUUAGAACUUCAUUUCCUGUCCCACUCGUGUGGCAUUCCAGGCUCCAGUUUGCUCUGUGUCCUAUCUCAAGACCUUUGAAUGAAUAUUCAACUAAAUGUAGGCUGAAGAAGACAAGGGUGACUCAGUGGACCUCUAGAGGCUCAUCCUGUUCAGUAACUGGCAAGCUGUAUUGGUCAAUAAGCAUGAGCUUGGCCUGGCAUGUUUGGGUCCUUACGCUGGUGUUUGCCAAGCAGCAUGAGUUUAGAUUCUACACUUGCUGAUCCUUGUCUAGUUGGCCCCAGAUGAAGAACCUGCACUCGUUGCCCUGGUUUGGUCCAGUGGGGCCAAUCCUUCCUGGGAGCCAGCCCCAAGGAAGAGCAGCUGGGGUUGGGAAAUGGCCAUGAUUGAGUUCUCUAGGACUUGUACUGAAGGAGUGCCCGCGUGAAUUCCCUGAAGCCCUGGAUCUACCCUGAGGUGGAAAUCCUGGCUCUGCCCCUCAGACCCAUUUGAUCCCUCAUCUCUCUUGGCUCCAGCUUCUUCCUCUCUAAAGUAAAGGGUUUGGAGCAGACCUCUAGGGGUCCCUCCAGCUCUGGUGUGCUAGGACUGCCCAGUCCUGCCCCCUUCAUGGGGAAGAGCCAGAGCAAGGUUUCCCCUGAAGGCCAUGAGCAAGCUUCUCUUUAGCAGUCUUCUGCCUUUAGUUUUCCUAUCCUUCUAUUUGCUCAAUUGCUUCAUCCCUGCUUCCUGCCCAUGAGACAUGGAGCAGGUCCAUUGAUCUCUCUUUGUGCCUUGGUUUCCUCAUUUGUAAAAUGAAGAGGGUCAAGUCAGAGAGACGUGCCUUCUGGUUCUGAUCCUCAUGCAUGGGUGGAGACCACAGCUCUUGGGAUGACCGUCCCCAUUUGUGACCUGCUAAUUCUGUCUGACUCCCCAUCCUGAUGCUUAAAAUUGGGUGGCUCUCGAGGUGAGGCAUUCGGGGGUCUGGUUCCCUCAUACGACAAUUGCUUUGUAAUCCUGCCUGCUGAAUUCUGGGCAGUCAGGAAGAUGUCACUUUAUGUUUCAAAGGAUUACGCAAUGUCUUUCCAUAAAAGAAUCAUCAGUUAUUUUUGUCAUCCCUGAAAAAUGUUUCUUGGGAUUAUUUUGUUCUUAAAUAUUAUGCCUCGUUCGGUGCCAGAAACCAGAUGGUAUUGUCCACACUGGGAAAGUGAAUAAGAUGGAUACAUCCUAUGUUUUGUAUGCUGUUGAUCUCCUGGGAAUAUUUUUUUCAAUAUAGAUUCUAUUUACACAAAUGAACAAUUUUGUGUUUUAAAAAAAGGGUACUGCAGGCUCGAGCUUUUUAAAUCAGGUCACAAUGAAAGAAAAAUAAUGUGCCUGCGGAAGUAUUUUUGUACAGGCUUCAAAUAAAUUACUUUUCUCCUGUAAA